AUGUUUAUUGGUAUAAACGAUGGAAGUCAAAAAGUCAUUGGGUGUGGUAGUGGACUUGAUGCAGAGGGAUUGCUCGGUGCUGUUAUAGAGCUGUGUAACAGGUCAGAGGCAAUUCAUACCCCUGGCUGCAGCAAGAAGAAUGCGAGCUGGUCUCCAGAGUGUAAACUUAUCCAAGUCAUCGCUCAGGAAUCCUCAGAAGCUGAUGGAUAUGUGGUGGUCAUCAAGAUUCCAGCAUUUUGCUGUGCUGUCUUUGAGCAAGAUCCAAACUCAUGGCACAUUGAGAAAAGCACGGUUUGUAGACUGGGAGCUACUGUGUGGAUGGAGAAAAUUCAGCCCUCAGACCCAGAUGAUCUGUGUGAACGCUUUCAGAAUGUGCUGAGUCUACAAGACGCCCCGCCUCAAUGUAAACCAGUGUACAGCAUCGACAAGUUGACACGCCUACAGGAGAAACUUUUCCCUGUUCCAGAGAAUAAUAUCGAGGUGGUGCCAGAUGCCUUUAAAAACAACCCGCUCACCGAUGCCAUCCUCACUGCCAACUCUGCAGAGGGUCCUGGAAUUUGCAUUUGCUCCAAAAGCUGGGCAGUUGAUAUAGAUCUCUCCAAGAAUGAUGCUGUAUUUUUUUGUGAGGCCCUGAUCAUCAGCACAGGCAGUUAUCCCACUCUCUGGUGUGUGGUUGAUACGGCCCGUCCUGAUUUGUGGGAGUAUGCAACAAAUACAGCAUUCCAUCUCAAGCAGAAGCUGGUGAACCUGGGGGGCUAUACAGGCAAACUGUGUGUAAUCCCCCAGCUGGUGGAGAGACAGAAUAUGACAGUGAUGGACCACCAUCUACAGUACCCCAAUAGUUACAGACUCGACCAGGAAAAAGACGUGACAGCCCUUCUCCGCUCCUUGGUGAUUGUGUUGAUGAGUUUCACUUCCCCAUUAAGUGAUGAAAUUGGCUGUGAGUUCCUCAACUUGCUAACAGAAGAACAGUUUAGAAUUCUUCAGACUUAUGAUGGAAUUAAGAAUCUCUUCGUUCAUGGUGUGCCUGGAUCUGGGAAGACAUUGAUCGCUAUGGCACUCAUAAGAAGGAUCAAGAACUCGAGUAACUGCGAGGACAAACAUAUCCUUUACCUUUGUGAAAAUGUUGGAUUGAGAGAGUUCAUGAGAAAACAAAACCUCUGCCAGUGUGAGACAAGAGUAAAGUUUUUGGCUGAAUGCACAGAUUUCUCGGCGGUAAAACACAUCAUUGUGGAUGAAGCCCAGAACUUUCGUGUUGAAAAAGGGGAAAGCAACUGGUAUGAGAAGGCACUGAAGCUGAGAGGAGCGGAUGGGAUGUUCUGGAUCUUUCUGGACUACCACCAGAAAUGCCAUGAUUUUCCAGAUGGCCUUCCACCAAUUUCUACCCAAAGCAAAGUUGUCUUACUCAAAGUUGUUCGCAAUUCUGCUAAAGUCCUGAAUGUUAUACAGUUUCAAAUGCAGAAAGCAACUGAGGGCCCACAAUCUGAGGUUACACAACAUUUAGCAGCUAUGAACACACAGAUGGAGCUGAGCCACUCUUUCCAGGGUUCCUGUAUCAACAGAGAAGCAGCACCUGGAAAAGAGAUGGAUUGUGUGCUCCAGAUCCUAGAGCAUCUCUUCUCUCAGGGCCACACUGCUAGAGACAUUGCUGUGCUCUUUUCAACACAGGAGCAGCUGACUGCAGAGGAGUUCAAACUGAAGGCAACAUACCCCAUUCUUUUCAGCAGUGUUGAGGAGGACAAUCCGGGAAAUAUGGUGCUGGACACCAUCCGCAGGUUCACAGGUCUGGAGCGGAACAUUGUGAUCUUGGUCAAUCCCUCCGUCCAUCCUUUUCUUAAACGUGUCGAGCCCAACUUUCUUAUUUCGGCUUAUUCCAGAGCAAGGGUCAGGCUGUAUGUUGUUAAGCCACGGUAAAGAGAUUGUGUGGUUGUGCAGGUGACCCACAAUGUUUCUGUCCUUGUCACACAGUUGACACUAUUUAUCCCUGUUGCCUCACACUUUAUCAGUUGAAAAUCAGUAACAUCCAUUGGUCUAUGCAUAAUUCUAUUGUUUAAGGAAUGCGACAUGUCACUGUCACUGGUCACUGUCUGAGAAUUAUGUCUAUCUGUUUAGUUUGUUCCUCUUCUUCUAGACAGAUUUCACUUUUUAUUAAUGUUAUGUUGACAUUGUCCAUCCAACAAUAUCUUUGUGAAUCUCUGAAAUAACUGGAAAAUUAUGGAACUAAAUCUUUGUCUUUCGAUUCGUAUAACAGAGCAUCAAAUUACACUACACUGCUCUUAUCUGUUUUGUUCAGACUACAUAGGCAUAUUUAUAGUCUGCUUUUAUUA